UUGCGCACGCCUUGAAAUGCGCCUGAGCGGAGGCGCACUGAGGGGACACACAGGAAAAAGUUGUCCAACAGCACAACGACGAGAGGCAGGACGACCGACGCUGACGGAGCCCCUGCAGUCUCGCCUGCUUUUCAUGCCUCCUCGACACUUUCCCUGCCGCUGCCGCGUCUUCUUUUUUGGCUUCUUUUUGCUUGUAUUUCGUCGCGUCGGGCAUUUUUGUGUGUGAUUUACGCCAAACGCAAUGGAGCUGCUCUGCCUGGAAAUGGACACCAAUAUACGGGCUCGUCCCGAUCCGAACCUCCUUUGUGAUGACCGAGUCCUCCAGAGCUUGUUGACCAUAGAGGAGAGGUUUCUACCUCAAUAUUCGUAUUUUAAAGGCGUGCAGAGAGACAUUCAGCCCUUUAUGAGGAGGAUGGUGGCCACUUGGAUGUUGGAGGUCUGUGAGGAGCAGAAGUGCGAGGAAGAAGUUUUUCCCUUGGCCAUGAACUACUUAGACCGCUUUUUAGCGGUGGUCCCCACCAAAAAGUGUAACCUGCAGCUGCUCGGAGCAGUUUGCAUGUUUCUUGCAUCCAAAUUGAAAGAAACUCGUCCAUUGACUGCGGAGAAGCUUUGCAUUUACACAGACAACUCCAUCAGACCACAAGAACUGCUGGAAUGGGAACUGGUGGUGUUGGGCAAGUUGAAGUGGAACCUGGCGGCGGUGACACCAAAUGACUUUAUUGAACACAUAGUGAGGAGGCUGCCACUGCCUGAGGAUAAACUGACUCUUAUACGCAAACAUGUCCAGACGUUCAUCGCUCUUUGUGCCACAGAUUUCCGAUUCGCCAUGUACCCUCCAUCCAUGAUUGCAACAGGAAGUGUUGGAGCAGCCAUUUGCGGCUUACAGCUGGACUCGGUGAACCAGUCCCAGUGGGGCGACAGUCUUACAGACCUGCUGGCCAAAAUCACAAACACGGAAGUGGAUGUUCUCAAAGAAUGCCAGGAGCAGAUCGAGCGUGUGUUAGAGAGCAGCCUGCGCGAGGGUCGCAAGCAGCAACAACAGCAGCAGAACCAGCGAGGCCAGAGCGGCAAAGGCCUGGACGAGCUGGAUCAGUCGUCCACCCCGACAGACGUCCGUGACAUCAACUUGUGAAGCGGCGAGAGGGCCUCGGCACGCAGGAUUUACAACAAUGAAAAAUAUGAAUCAUGAAAAAAAAAAAAUUUCUUAAAAGCAGAAAAAAAGAACAAAAAUACAAAAUGCUAAAAACACAAGCCCUUUAAAAGAAAAAGAACAAUGCUUGCUAGUUUUUUGUAGAUUUUUUUUUCUGUUCUUCAAGACAUGAAACGCCUGCCCACAAAUUUUUGGGGGGAUCGAAAAGCGACAGAUUCGGGGCACAAAGAUGCUCCGUGGUGCCUUGGAUACACAGAAGGGAAACCAAUCAUAUUUGCAUUCUGCCUUUGAUUGUAUAGAAUGACCAUUAAGUUAUACUGUAACCAGAGCUGGUUGGCAGAAAAAUGCAAAGUUGUGGGGUCAAAGUUUGGGCUUAGUUUUUUUUUUUUCUCUCUCCUCGCUCUCUAUUUUGAUAUGUAUUCACGUUAUUUUCUGACCAUCAGUGAGUUGUGGAGAGGAAGCCUUGAGAUCAGUUGACGAGAGACCAGAUCUUUUAAAUCAUCAUCAUCACUAUUAGUCCUAGUAAUUAUUAUUAGUCGUAAUAUUAUUAUUUGACAUAUUUUGGGUAGUCAAGAUCAAUAAGCUCCUUUGUCAGGCUGCUUGUACAUCUGGGUCAGUUAGUGGAUUCAGUGUGUGUGUAUGUGUGUGUGUGCGUGCAGUCUGAAUGGAAUCCUGUAUCUAAAUUGGCAGUAAACAUUCUAAGGCGCAAGGCACUUACAAUGUUCCGAGACGAUGGAGCAGGCUGAGGUUACGUCCGUACUUUGUCUAUCAGUAUAACGGAGCGUCUAUGUAUGCUGUGUCACUGCCUUCAUUCAUUUGCAGUGUAUCUUGCUCUGUUGUUGGCCAGCAAUAAAGUGCUGCGUGGACUAUGAAUGAGAAGAGUGUGCGCGAGCGAAGGAAGGGAGUCUCCAAUAACCUCAGCCUCACACUUACUGCCAUUCUGUUCAUGAUAUGUGACCACAUGCUGUCACGUGGUGUUACAAUGUUAGGUCUUUAGUCCAAGGUUGGGGGACCGCUGUUCUCUUCAAAAGGGAGGCGACAGGGUGCGGGAAAGUUUGGAUGGAUGAAUGAAAAAGAAUGGAGAGGCUGGAAAGCAGAAUGAUAUGGCGGGAGUCAAAUUGGACUAGAACACAGUUAAAUGAGUUGAAUUUAAAAAUGUACUUGUUGCCAUUUAGGUGGAACUGCCAGAUCACACGAGGAUGAAUUUCCUUUUGUUGUUGUUGUUGUUGCUGUUUGGAGGAGUACAAGAUGUCGUCGAGCCCCACUCAGGCUCACAUUACGAUUUCAAUGGCAAAGCACUUUGAGAACAUGCUCCCAGGAGAGACGGCAAACUGAAUCGGUGGUCAUUUGGAGGUGGCUGGCUGGCUAUUUCUUUGGAUUAGAUUUUUUUUUUUCGCCUUUGGUUUACUUUGUAGGGCUGGUUUCCCAAUCACCCCCCAAUGUCAAGCAAGAGUCCCACAGAACAGGACAUUCCAAUCAAAACGAACAUUCCUAUUUAAGCAAAGACCAACUCGAUCCGAGGAGCCUGUCCAUUUCCAAGGAACAAAAAACAAAAGGCCAAGACACACAAGUUCCCUCAUUGGUAGCUUUCCUUUACACUGUCAAGAAUUGUGUGUGCGUGUGUACUUGAAUAUUUCUAUUUAUCUGCAUCACAGCCACAGUCAUGUGACACGGGGCGGCGCUCGGGUGGUCGUAACAUCCAAUAUUUGCACAUGUUCUUCAGAGGCCAAUGAGUUUUUUUGUUGUUGUUUUGUUUUGGUUUCCAAACCACCACAAGUGACGUGUUUUAGUGGCUGCUCACUUUUAAUGGUGCUGGCUUGAAAUUGCAGAAAUGCACGGCAACGUAGGUCGUGUCGUUCGGCCCUCUUUGAGCUUUGCUGCUUCGAAUAAUCGACGAGGGGGGUUCAUCAGGCAGGAACACCACCGUUAUGUUUUUGGACUUUCACGUGUGCGCGAGUUUUUUUUUUUGUUUUCUUCCAUGAACGACAUUGCUGGUUGACGGACUGAAGAAAAUGUGGGGAAGUUUGAAUUUUGGCAAGGUGAUUUGCCAAAACAUCCCAUUUUUGAUUAUUGCCCCCUUUCGUUUUGCCUCCGCCGGAUGUAAGCUCUCACCCAAACUUAAAGACGUCUUUCCUGCAAUGUCUUGUUGCGUGUGUUAUAUAUUGAGACCACACUUUCAAUUUGUGUUUGAUAUAUUUUAUGGGGUGACCAGACCCACAAAAGGGUUUUUUUUUUUUUUUCUAAGAUUUAGAGAUACUGUAUUCCAAAGUGAAGAGAGGACAGAGGAGGUGUGAAGACAUCAAGAAAAAAAAAGUCAAUAUUUUUAUUGAGUUAUUGUUGUCUUUUUGCGCUGCUAAAAGCUAUGAAUUUGUUUCAUUUAUACAAAAUAACAUUACAGAGUUGUGAUGUGUCACUUGAGUGUGCUGCUAUUUUAUAAACAUUUGUAUUAUAAUAUAAUUAUUUUACUGCUUAAGAGAUAAAUUCAGAAAAACGAAGUAGAAGGUGAUAGAAGAACAUGAAAUGAGUAUUGGACUGGAAAUGUUCUUUGUACAGUUUGACAUUUUGCUUAGAUAGCGUGUCUCCUUUCCCCCCUUUUUUGAAUUUAUUUUGCUCUUUUUCUGCAGUCACAUUCUGCAUCAGUGGUAUAUGUCUUAUACCUCAGGAUUCCUGGCUACAUACAAAAAAGAAAACAAAUUAACCCAUCAUCGAUACCUCUGCAGUUAGGGAGCCUGGACUAGAAUAGUAAACAAACAAAUUAGCGUUUUGUGGAUACGCCGCUGUUUGGCUUCCACUUGGACUUACUGGAGGGGGGUGCGGGGGGUUCUAUAGUUUUGCUCAUGUUGGUGCUACAUCUGACAUGUUGCGGGUGAUAGAGGCGACGAAAUAGCAUUCCUAUGAUGGCCAAAGUACACUUGUUGCUUUAUUUAGUCCCAAUCACCCCGAAUGUCCACCAAUAUGGAUUCCCAAUGUGGGAGCGACAUAUUUUGAUCUGAGAUCAUGUGCGUGGAUGCAUGUGUGUGCGCGUGGGCCAUUUUAACUGCCAUAGAAUGAUCAUGGUGAAUUACAUGUCAUUUUGACUUAUAAACACUGUGAUAUCUGGAAGUUUGAAUGAAGCACAUUUUCCUUUGAGUUGCCCCUCCCCCUCACUAGAACCCAUAUCUUGUACCUCAAAUGUCUGUUGCACAACCUCUGUUCAAUAAACUUCUGCUUUAAAGGGUGUGACACCA